AUGAGUCCGGCAGACGACUCAGGUCCUGACUCCACUGUGAUUUUACCCCUCCGAGCCAUAGGACCCCCAGCCGAGCCCAACGGCCUAGUUCCUCUACAAUAUUGGCCUUUUUCCUCAGCAGAUCUUUAUAAUUGGAAAUCUAACCAUCCUUCUUUUUCUGAAAAACCAGCAGGACUCACGGGACUUCUUGAGUCCCUUAUGUUCUCUCACCAGCCCACUUGGGACGAUUGCCAACAGCUACUCCAGAUCCUCUUCACCACUGAAGAGCGAGAAAGGAUUCUUCUGGAGGCCCGCAAGAACGUUCUCGGGGACAACGGGGCCCCUACACAACUCGAGAACCUCAUUAAUGAGGCCUUCCCCCUCAAUCGACCUCAAUGGGAUUACAACACGGCCGAAGGUAGGGAGCGUCUUCUGGUCUACCGCCGGACUCUAGUGGCAGGUCUCAAAGGGGCAGCCCGGCGCCCCACCAAUUUGGCUAAGGUAAGAGAGGUCUUGCAGGGACCGGUAGAACCCCCCUCGGUUUUCUUGGAACGCCUGAUGGAGGCAUAUAGGAGAUACACUCCGUUUGACCCCUCUUCUGAGGGACAGCAGGCGGCAGUUGCCAUGGCCUUUAUCGGCCAGUCAGCCCCAGAUAUCAAGAAAAAGUUACAAAGACUAGAGGGGCUCCAAGACUUUUCCUUACAAGACUUAGUAAAGGAGGCAGAAAAGGUGUACCACAAGAGAGAAACAGAAGAAGAAAGACAGGAAAGAGAAAAAAAAGAGACAGAAGAGAGAGAGAGACGGCGUGAUAAACGCCAAGAAAAAAAUUUAACUAGGAUUUUGGCCACAGUAGUAAGUGAUAAAGGGUUUACAGAUAAGCAGAAAGGGACCCUGAGCAACCGGGCAAGACCGACACCUAGGGACAAAAGGCCUCCUCUCGACAGGGACCAGUGCGCCUACUGCAAAGAGAAAGGCCACUGGGCAAGGGAAUGCCCCCGAAAAAAGAAAAACGACAAAAAAGCUAGGGUUCUAUCCCUAGACGACUAGGGGAGUCAAGGUUCGGACCCCCUCCCCGAACCUAGGGU